GUGCAAAUUAUCUGGUGGAAUAGAUGAGUAUUCAAAGUAAUCCUCAAGAUGUACUUUACACUGCAUCAUGAUGGGGGUACACCAAUAAGGGUGGAGUAUGGCAGUGGCAGGGAUUAUGCCAUUAGGCUCUGUGCUGUUCGCAAUCGCGUUUGUGUCCUGACAUCGAAGCUGGAAUUGCUCUGUGGGGAUCUCGAAGUAGAGACCAGUAGGUUGAGUGUGCGUCUAGUGAAGGGUAAUGUUGUGGAUGUGGAUAGUGAUGGGAAUGAGAUUUUCAUCGUGGACACAAGUGGGAUUGUCUGGAGUAGCAAAUGGGGUGUGAUUGAGAAGGAAGAAAUGUCUUGGCAUGAGAUUCCCAUACCCAAUCCCCGGACAUGCUCUCAUGGCAUGAGGAAUGUCAAUGAGAGUAUCAGGGUUGUGAGUGUUAAUUGCAAUCAGGAUGGUGUACUAUUUACCACGUGCAAUAGAGAAUUAUUUGCAAUGGGAGACUUUGGGGAGAUUGUCAAUUCGGAUAUUCCGGUGUUAGUGGAAUGUUUCCGGGGUCUGAAGAUCCUGCAAGUGGCCACAGGGGAGAAUUUUGCCGUAGUGCUGACCCAUAAGCGUCUGCAUACUGAACAUUCUGGUCAGGACAAUGUGAGCGAUGCUAGUGAUAUCAGUGAGGGAUUUCUCUGUGUGGAUUGUCCAAAGUGUGUCCCGGAUAUCAAUCACCAUCUGACAGUGCAUGCAAAGGCCUGUGGGAUCAGCAAGAGUACCACAGAGACUUCAAUGGCAUCAAGUCCUUGCCUCUCAGAUACUCUGGACAACGAAGAGCUCAGUGCCUCCGCAACAGCUGAGGAGACUCAAAAGAGCUCAGUGACGCAUCUUAAAAUCCACAAGGAUGCAGCUAUAAAUUUCCUAUUGGAUCUCUCCCUGUCCAGUGAAGAUUAUUUGAUUGAGGCGGGAAAGCAGACAAAAUUGCUCAAGGAGAAUGUCACAAAUAUCACGACAAUGGUGUAUGAGGGCGUUAGGACACUGUCCAGGCACAUGAGUGGCUCAGAUAACAAUGAUACUCUCGUGGAAGAGGCCAAUGCCACAGCAAAUGGCGAGGUGAGUGUCUCAGAAACUUCCAGUGUAGAUUUGGGCAGUACUGUGGAUCUUCAUUCGGAUUCUGGGGCUGAGGGCAGAGUGGGAAAGUUAGCACGCUUGGGAGCUUCCCUCCUGGCCACGGAAGUUUGGUGCUUCGGAAGUAUUAAUAGAGGGCAACUCGGUACGGGAGAUCAUAUCAAAAGGGCAAGAAUUAAUGCCGUCCUGGGACUUGGAGGACAAGGAGUUGUCCGGAUUGACAGUGGAAAGGAACAUAGUAUGGCAUUGACUCUCGAUGGACGUCUCUAUCUCUGGGGCAAUAAUGUCCAUAGGCAAAUUUCCCGGGAAGAUGUUGAGGAUUUUAGUUUUCCGCGACGCUUCCAGAUUGUCAGUGACAGCAAUGUCUUAGCAGCUGCCUGUGGUGCUAAGCAUUCGGCCAUUGUGAUGAAUGACCUGACAGUUCAUGAGCAGAGUGAUCAUCAGGAAGACAAUAAAACAUCCGGAGUAUCACCAUUUCCCAAAACAGCCCGAGAUAUCGUUGACAGGGAAGCUCAAACAGGAUCCGUUGAACCUGUUCUGGCUUCCGGAAGUUUCACACUAUUCAAUCACAUUGUUUUCGGAGCGAUAGCCAAGCAUCUCACGGCUGAACAGAAGUUCCUCCAGGAUGCUCUAGUGGCCUACAAUUGCAUCCUAAAGCCCUUUCUAAAGCGCAUCAAUAGCAUCGCUUUUAGUCAGAUCUUCGAUGGACUCUGUCAGAAUUAUCUCAGUAUUGUCCAUGUGGCUGCACUAAAUGUCCGAAGUUUAUUGGAAUUUGGACAUGGCAGGAUCACCUGCACGGAUAUUAUUGCCCUAAACAAUUGCCCAGAAAUGAUUGCCCUCUACCGAAACUAUACGAAAAAUUUUUGUGAAAUUCUGUGCAUCAGAGGCUUUCCGACAAUUGAAAUGCUCACGGAAAAGUCUCCCAAGGAGAUUCAUAAAAUCCUCUUUAGGCCAUUCAGAAGGGUCUGGGCAUUCAUUGACAUGAUCUAUGAUCUUGUGGCAAUUGAACCAGUAGAAGCCAAUCGGCAGCAUCUCGAUGAGAGGAGAACAAUGUGGGAGAAAUUCUCCAAUGAAAAAGAUCUGGCAAUUGAGGAAGCUGAGAGAAGUCUGCGAUUUUGGGAGAUUAAUCAAAAAACACCUCUAGCCAAACUCCAAUCGCCAGAUCGAAGGCUAAUUCUGGAUUCCAAAGAGUUGAGUCUCAAGAGAAAUCAAAGUGCACGAUUUUCCAAUCAGUGGUUCAUCCUCUUUUCGGAUUCACUGUGUUCAAUGACUGGCCAUCUUACCAUACAUCCACUGAGAACUCUGUGGAUAGCAUCGAUACCAGAUGGAGAGACCAGAAAAUUCGCACUGAAAGUGGUGACUCCUGAGGAAACCCUAAUUCUCUGUGCCCAGAAUCACGAGGACAAAAUAAUGUGGUUGGAUGGGAUUGAAAAUGGCAUCAGAAAUUGCUUCGGAAGAGUACCAAAGUCAAAGGUACCUCAGUAUCGAAAUGCCAGUUACACAUUUAGUGAGAAACACUCGAGAUUCCCAGGAGCCAAGUAUUUUGGCCGCUGGUAUGUUGGAAGUAUGCAUGGAAUCGGGCAUUUAGAGAUGGCAGACGGGAGAGUGUUCAAUGGGCAGAUGAGCGGAGGUGAGAUUCAUGGCUACGGUCGGAUGUUCACACCAAGUGUUGGCAUUUACGAGGGAGAUUUUGAGCAUGGGAAGUACAGUGGCUAUGGAGUGCUUGAGCAUCAGAAUAAGACUACUUACGAAGGGAACUUCCGGGAGGGACUGUAUCAUGGGCAUGGAACUUUAAUCACAGAUCAAUUUACAUACGUUGGGGAGUUCAGUGGAGGAGCAAGGCAUGGAUAUGGCGUGCUAGAUGAUAAUGCUACAGGUGACAAGUAUAUGGGGAUGUUUGUGGAUGGCAAAAAAGCUGGACUGGGAAUUUGUGUGACGAUGUGCGGAGACUAUUUUGAGGGGAAUUUCAUGAAUGAUGCUCUAGCUGGCGAGGGAGUUGCUAGCUUUGAGAAUAAUUCCUAUUUUGAGGGAGAGAUGACACUAAAUGGACCGACUGGGAAAGGGAGUUUUUUCGUGGGAGUGACAGAGAAGAAAUCCAGUGAUUUUCGGAUUGAUUCUGAUGGUGACUUUCGGGAAAUUGAAGGCACUAUUCUCUCGGGGAAUUUGUCUGGAAGUUGGUCAGACGUUAAAAUCACAAAUGGUACUCUGUCGAUGCAGCAGACUUUUCGGAAGUAUUCAAAACUCUUGGGAAAGUAUACUGUUGACAAUGACAAGAAGUGGAGGAGUUUGUUUGAGGAUUGGGAAGGACAGUUGUUUGGACAUGACAAAAAUCUGGACAAUAAGCAAAUCUGGAGUAAAAUUGCUAUCUUCAUAACGAAUUCCAAGGCAAAGGACAAGCUCAAAUCCGAGGGUUUUGCCACAAAGAAUACCUGUUUCUACCGAAAGACUGAUCUUAGUGAGAGUCUCGAUAAGAUAUCCGUGAAAAGUGGUGGAUCUUUGGGCAGAACGUCUAAGAAGGGUCAUAUAGAUCUUGGAGAUGUCUUCAAUCCAAUUUCCUUGACUGGAAAGUUAAAAUCCUCUGGGAGUUCAACAAUAAUGGAUUUAGGGGCUUUUAGUCAGAGAUUGGAGGAGAAAUUUGAAGGAUUGGACACUCCUCAGACAUUCACUAGUUGCGACAGCAGAUCAUCCACAAGAUCUAAAAAUCCUACCCUGGAUUACAUCCCCAACUUUGGCAUCACAAAAUGUGACCCAGAAGACCUUGAGGCUAUCCGGGAGUAUCUCCGGGAAGCCUUCAAGGAUCUCAAUCAUCCCCUGGGUGUGCUCAAUUCCAAGAUCUCUCAUUGCUUCUACUCCACUUAUGGAUGCUGGAAGUUCAAGCCAACGGCUAUCCUUCAUCAGCACGCAAUGAUGGAAUGGGAGUCCAUUUGUCGGAGGAUCUAUUCCAGCAUUUGCAGGAUGUUCCCUGCUCUGCCGCAGGAUUUAUCCUUUAGGAACCUCCUCUAUCCCAUUCUCUUAUCUGAAGGCAUCUAUUCUCUUCUAUUCGUCCUCUAUGCCAGCAAAUGCAGCCACAAGGAUGAACUGUACAGACAGAGAAUGAUUGGCUGCGACAGGAAGACUGACCAUGAACUGGCUAUCUUUUUGCGAGUGGACACGGACCUAAUGCCAUUGAUCAAGAGCACUUACUUUGAGGAUGCCAUUGGAUGCCUGAAACAGGUGAAGGAUAAGUACUGUCCCCUCGAAAUGGUGAGUCUCAUCGAGAAGACAUUCCAGUUGCUGGAGGACGCAAAGAAGGAGUCAGUGGGUACGCAGUUGGCCCUAAAUGCUGACAAUACCAUUCCUUUGGUGCUGUUUCUCGUGCUCAGAGCCAAUAUUCAGCAUCUAGGUGCUGAAAUUGCACUCCUGGAAGAUCUUCUGGGAGCUGAUUUUGAGGCCCUGAUGCUCGGUUAUACUGGAUAUUGCGUCACAACGCUCAAGGCGGCAUAUCAGCACAUACUCAGUGAUAAAUUCUACCAGAACUGACCCGAAUUCGACUCUGGGGCAUUUUUUUCCUCUUCUUUGGUAAGUGAUAUUGUUGAUUUGUUGUUCUGUUAAUAGGUAAAUUUGUAUAUUAUUUCUCUGCUGAAAGAGAACAAAACAUUGAUGGAAAGAAAAAUAUAAAGAGAGUCCAGUUAUUAAAUAGA